UCUUCACUUCCUCUCUCCUCCCUCUCUCUCUCUCUCUCCCCCCCGAGGGUUGGUCCUUUCGUUUUCGUUGCUCGCUUCAUUUUCUUCUCUCUCCACAAUAUUUUCCUCUCUCACGCCCUUUCCCUUCUGUCCCCAUGACCGACCUCGCUAACUCGUUCCUCAUCCACGCUUAGAGUCAAGCGUGCAGCGAACGAGAUAUCGCGCAACAGGCAAGGACUUCGCUCUCUCGCACCUAAAAAAAGGCCAAAACAAAUAGAGAAAAAGAAGACUCUCUCACUUCUAGGGUUCCCCUCCCUCUCUCUCUUCCCUCUCUUUCUCUCUCUCUCUGUGGCUAUCUUUCCUUUUUAUUUUCCUGCACCAGCUACCCACUGCCGCUGCCUCGCGGCGCUUCUCUCGUGCCGUUUUGCAGACCUAUAAGCGCUCCUAGAUUGUUAGAGAGCGAUAGAGAGAGAGAGAAAGAGAAAAGAGAGGGAGAGUUUGAGGACGAAGAGCCAAGCGCAGCCGAGAGAGUUGGAAAGAGGGAAAGAGAGAGAGAAUAAAAAAGUUGGCCUCCUCCUCCGCCUCCUCCUCCUCCUCCUCCUUCCUUCCUUCCUUUCUUUAUUUAUUUUCUUUCAGCCGCCUCGUCCUCGUAGGUAGAGAGGAAGCUUGAGACAUUUGGGUUACCUUUUGUCUCCUCGUCCUCUCUAUUAAGAGCUCACCUUCCUUUUCCAUCUCUCUCAUUUUCCCCCUUCGCGACUCGUGUACCAGAAGAAGCGCGCUUUGCCUUCUCUCGAACGUGGUUGAGUGUACUGCUGUUGUCCCGCACGAACCUCCUUGGAAGCUGGAAAGUGGAGCGUGCCCUGGCGGCGACUGCUGAGCUCGUUUUCUAGUUGGGAUUGAAUUCGCCCGGUGAGAAGCGGAAGGCUCGGCGGCGACUCGAAAAGACAUCGGAAGGACGUCCGGUACAGCUGCAGGGGAAGGAAGGGAGAGAUAAAAGAGGAGCAAAAAUUGCGACCUUUUUGAUGAGUUUCGGGGGAUUCCUCGACACCAACUCGGGCGGCGGGGGCGGCGGCGGAGGAGGGGCGAGGGUCGUUGCCGCCGAUAUCCCGUACGCGGGAAAGAACGACAUGGCGCCGUCGGGCGCAAUCGGGCAGCCUCGACUCCUGAGCCCUUCUCUGUCCAAGUCCAUGUUCAACAACUCUCCUGGACUCUCCCUUGCUCUCCAAACCGGGAUAGAGAACCAGCAAAUGGGGGAGAGCUACGAACAAAUGAGCGUGAGCAACCACCACCUUCGGAGGAGCAGAGAGGAGGAGCACGAGAGCAGAUCCGGCAGCGACAACCUCGACGGGGGCGGGGCCUCCGGCGACGACCAGGACGCCUCCGCCGACAACCCUCCCAGGAAGAAGCGUUACCACCGACACACUCCCCAGCAAAUCCAAGAACUUGAAGCGUUGUUCAAGGAGUGCCCUCAUCCUGAUGAGAAGCAAAGGUUGGAGCUGAGCAAGAGGCUUUGCUUGGAGACCAGGCAAGUCAAGUUCUGGUUCCAGAAUCGGCGCACCCAGAUGAAGACACAACUGGAGCGACAUGAGAAUUCGCUGCUCCGGCAAGAGAACGACAAGCUCCGGGCUGAGAACAUGUCCCUCCGAGACGCCAUGAGGGAGCCGAUUUGCAGCAACUGCGGCGGCCCGGCCGUCAUCGGCGAGAUCUCCCUCGAGGAGCAGCACCUCCGGAUCGAGAACGCCCGGCUCAAGGACGAGCUGGACCGCGUGUGCGCGCUCGCCGGGAAGUUCCUCGGCCGCCCCGUCCCGUCGCUCGCCGCUUCCAUCGGCCCGCUGAUGCCCAACUCGAGCCUCGAGCUAGGGGUCGGGACCAACAACGGGUUCGUGGGUAGCUUGGGCCCGGUGGCCGCGACGACGCUGCCGCUGGGGCCUGAUUUCGGGGGCGGGAUCUCGGGCAACUCGGCGAUGGCGGUGGUGAACCCGUCGAGGCCCCCGGGAGCUGGCGGGGGCAUGGUAUCUAUCGAGAGGUCGAUUUUGCUGGAGCUCGCUUUGGCCGCCAUGGAUGAGCUGGUCAAGAUGGCUCAGACCAACGAGCCGCUCUGGAUCAGGAGCUUGGAAGGUGGGAGGGAAAUGCUGAACCGCGACGAGUACAUGAGGACCUUCAGUCCUUGCAUUGGCAUGAAACCCAAUGGAUUCGUGACCGAGGCCUCUAGAGAGACCGGCAUGGUGAUCAUCAAUAGCUUGGCACUCGUGGAGACUCUCAUGGACUCUAACCGGUGGGCUGAGAUGUUUCCGUGUAUGAUAGCUAGAACAUCGACCGCAGAUGUGAUCUGCAGUGGAAUGGGAGGAACCAGAAAUGGUGCACUUCAGCUGAUGCAGGCGGAGCUACAAGUGUUGUCGCCGCUGGUUCCAGUCCGGGAGGUGACCUUCCUCCGGUUCUGCAAGCAGCACGCCGAGGGCGUCUGGGCGGUGGUCGACGUGUCGGUCGACGGAAUCCGGGAAACUCCAGGCGGCGGUGGCGGCGCGGCCUCGUUCCCGAGCUGCUGCCGGAGGCUGCCUUCCGGCUGCGUGGUCCAAGACAUGCCCAACGGGUACUCCAAGGUGACGUGGGUGGAGCAUGCAGAGUACGAUGAGAACCACAUACACCAGCUGUACAGGCCGUUGAUCAGCUCGGGCAUGGGCUUCGGCUCUCAACGGUGGGUCGCCACCCUCCAACGGCAGUGCCAGUGCCUCGCCAUUCUCAUGUCCUCCACCGUCUCUUCUCGUGAUCACACCGCGAUAACGCCGAGCGGGAGGCGCAGCAUGCUGAAGCUGGCGCAGCGGAUGACGGCCAACUUCUGCGCGGGUGUGUGCGCCUCCACGGUGCACAAGUGGAACAAGCUGAGCGGCGGGAACGUGGACGAGGACGUCCGGGUGAUGACCCGGAAGAGCGUGGACGACCCGGGGGAACCGCCGGGCAUCGUGCUGAGCGCGGCUACCUCCGUGUGGCUCCCCGUCUCCCCACAGCGCCUCUUUGACUUCCUCCGCGAUGAGCAGCUCCGGAGCGAGUGGGAUAUCCUCUCCAAUGGCGGCCCCAUGCAGGAGAUGGCCCACAUCGCCAAGGGCCAAGACCACGGCAACUGCGUCUCCCUCCUACGUGCCAGCGCCAUGAACGCGAAUCAGAGCAGCAUGCUGAUACUGCAGGAGACGUGCAUCGACGCUGCCGGGUCGCUCGUGGUGUACGCGCCCGUGGACAUCCCCGCCAUGCACGUGGUGAUGAACGGCGGGGACUCCGCCUACGUGGCGCUCCUCCCGUCGGGGUUCGCCAUCGUCCCCGACGGGCCGGACGGGCCGGGCUCCCACGGGGGGGCUGCCCCCAAUGGGCCCGCUGCGAGCAACGGGGGACCGCCAAGGGUGGGCGGGUCGCUCCUGACGGUGGCGUUCCAGAUCCUGGUGAACAGCCUGCCCACGGCGAAGCUCACGGUGGAGUCGGUGGAGACGGUCAACAACCUGAUCUCGUGCACGAUCCAGAAGAUCAAGGCCGCGCUCCAGUGCGAGAGCUGAUCAGGGCGACGGCAAGGGCGUGGACGGAUCGUCGGCGGUGUCAUUUGUUUUCUUUUGUUCUAGGUUUGUGCAUGAGGGUGUAGUUACCAAGCAUUUUGAGCGUGUGAAAUGAGCGAAGGACUCGGACGAAAGCUGGGUUUUUCUAGGAUGGGGUGUGUUGAGUCAAGAACGAACCGCGCGUCGAGACUCCUUGCACGGUGGUAAGAAAACGGCGCGGCGCUGUGUAGAGUGUUGUCCGAGCGCUUCUUUGCUUCGGAAGUCGGAGCAUUCUUAGUGCUGGGCAAGGGUGGUGGUUCGGGUAUUGACUCAGGUUCAUCCCGAGGUGGCUCAACAAAGAGAACCAGGAAAAGAAAGGACGGGGAAAAUAGUUUGUCAGGAAAAAAGGUUGUGUGUCAGCUGUUUUUGUUCUUUAAUCGAAAUCAUUUUAUCUUCUUGUUUAAGCCAAGCUACUUCGACUUGGAACAUUGUAACUUCUUUGAUGGUUUUGUCC